AUGACUAACGUUCAAAGCGACGAAGCAAAAUCGUGCAAAAUAAUUGAAAAAUUAUCUCGUUUGAAUAUUAUUUAUGCAGAUUUCACUAAUCCUGAUAAUGACCUACCAAAAACGAUAUGCUUUUCAUGUAUAGAAAAUCUUAACAAAGCCUUUGAAUUUGUAGUUGGAGUAGACAGAGCCCAGAGUGUUUUGACUAACAUAGUUAAUAAUGAAAUAAAGACGGAACAUUGUUCUUCAGAAGACUAUCAACAAAAUGAUAUCGUAGAUAGCAAAUCAGACAGCAGCAUAGAUAUAAAAGAAGAACUUGUUUCUCAAUCCUAUGAUUGUUCAUAUCAAUCAGUGGACUCUGAAAACUGCAAGAAUGUUUGUACGAGCAAUGUCAACAAUAAUGAACUAAGUUCGGACAUUCUUCCUUUGAAAUAUAUCAAAUCAACUUGGAGUGAUUAUCUUUGGACUUGUGCAUAUUGUGAAACACAGUUUGCUACUGUAGAAGAAUUAAAAGUUCAUUCCAUGCAAUAUCAUCAGUGCUGUAAUGCAUUUAGGUGCAAGGACUGUAAGAUAAGAACACUUCACUUGAAUAAGUUUGUAAUGCAUAUUAAAUGGCACAGAAAAUAUCUGAAGUUAUUAUGCUAUAUAUGCAACAAAGAAUUUAUGUUUCAGCACCAGUUACAUUCUCACAUUAAGAAAGUACAUGGGCCAAAAACAGAACAUUUCUGCUUAGGUUGUAAUGCUGAAUUCCAACAUUUAGAUGACCUAAAUAAACACACCCACACAUUUUACAAGGAUAGACGUGUCAGGAACAUACCAGACUCCCUUAAAUCCGUUAACAGUUUGACUUGUAUUAUUUGCAAAAAGACAUUCAAGUCAAUAGGAACAUUAAAUACACACUUACUAAUACACACAGAGAGAAAGCGAGAAAACACUUGUGAAAAAUGCGGAAAGUGUUUUUAUAGCAAGCAAGCUCUAGCUAGCCAUAUGCUCAUACAUGACAAUGUGAGACCAUACCAAUGUGAAAUAUGUAAGUGGAGUUUUAAAACUUCCAAACAGCUUAAAUCCCAUGUUGGCAGUCACAAUGCUGAAAGGCCUCACACAUGUGAUCAGUGUGGGCGUAGCUUCCGUUUACUAAGACAACUUAACUCACAUAAAAUAAUACACACAGACAUUCUACCCUAUGUUUGCAGUUAUUGUAAUAAAAAAUUUCGCUUUAAGUCUAUAUUAAAUCAACAUAUACGUCAACACACUGGAGUAAAACCAUAUUCCUGUGAUAAAUGCAGAAGAGAUUUUGCAAAUUGGCCCAAUUAUAACAAACACAUGAAAAGGCGACAUGGAUUAGAUAUGGCAAAAAAGAAACACACCCCCGAAGGAGUCUUUCCAAUCAAUCCAUCUACAGGUGAAAUUAUUAAACAUUUAGAAACAAAUGAAAUGCUUGAAUGGAAAAAUAAGAUUUUACAAAAUAAAGGCAAAGGGAGACCAAUUUCUCUUUGUUCAGUUAAUACAGACACCACUGCUUCAGUUAACAUAGAAAAAAAUGAUAUAAAAAGGGAGUAA